CGAGCCUCCCAGGCUGCGGCUCGAGCUCCGCGACAGCGACGGCAAGGGCAAGGGCAAGGGCAAGGGCAAGGAUCAGAGGAGGACAAGGUAGCGACACUGCCGUCCUGGCCCCGCGUGCGCCCUUUGUGGGCCUCCUGGGAGGCCCCCGUCGCCAUCGCUGGGUUCGCGUGGGAGGUGUGGAAGGAACGCGCUCCAGGAAAGUCCGGGGAGGGGCGGUAUCGGUGUCUUUUGGUUUCGUUAAAAGGAGAAGGGCGAUGGCCCGCCCGAGCCAGAGGUGCCCAAGGAGCAGCCGAACUUCGAGGCUUCGGGGCUGCUCGCCGUCGAAGAUAACUCGAAGGGCGGCAUCCCCCUCAAGUUCACAAACCCUCCAGAGGCGCGGAUGCCGAAAUUCAAGUGGCGGCUGUACGUCUUCACGAAGGAGAAGAGGGACGAGCCGUUCAAGAUUUUGCACAUCCACCGGCAGCUGGCAGUGCUCUUCGGUAAGGACAGGAGAGUCGCAGACGUGCCUACAGACCACCCUACGUGCAGCAAGCAGCACGCGGUGCUGCAUUAUAGGAUGACGCCGAGCGGCGAUGUCAAGCCCUACAUCAUGGACUUGGAGAGUGUGAACGGCACAUUCCUGAACGGUGAUAGGAUUGAGUCGGCUCGGUAUUACGAGAUGCGGGAGGGAGACGUGCUCAAGUUUGGCUCGAGCACUCGCGAGUUCGUCUUGCUGCACGGUGCUUCUGCAAACCACAUUGGCAUCGACCCCAACCGGCUGAUGUCUCCAGACUGAUUGGCCGGCCCGCCCGCCCGUGCACACGAGGCGACGACAACUUGCGACCAUCGCUUGCGUCGGUGUCCACGCGCGCUGUGGCCGGAG